AUGGCUAAAUCAUUGUGCGUCUUGUGCUCUAGCUUUAUAGAAAGCUUUGGGGAGGUUGAGGAUGCCAACUGGUCAUCCCGCUUGAGAGUAGCCCCAAACAUUCAUUCACUUCGAUCCCAAGCACGAACUGGCUGUCACCUGUGUCAAAUUAUCUACCAGUCUUGUUUCUAUCUUCACACAGUCUCAUGGGAGCAUCAAGAUUAUCCUAUUACAAUCUUCGCUUCGCCGCCUGGAAAUUAUAACCCAUAUAAUGUUGACUAUAAUGAAUAUUGCAAAAUGGUCUACGAUACGGAGGACGAGGACGGGUUACCUUUCCGGAAUCUUAACCCUAGACAACUUCGGCUCUCUAUUAGCGUUGGAGAAAAUGGGAAAGGGAGGAUUCAUUAUUUACCAGUAGUCGGGGGCAAUGACAUACGAAAGGAGGGGGGCAUGUCCUUUGCUUUUUCGAAUUCAAGCACGCCUCAUGGAUUACACGAAAUUAUCCAAUCAGCCAAGGAAUGGUUGCUGAUAUGUCGCAACGGUCACGUUGGAUGCAGCAACUCUGCAUCUAGUGAAAAACACGUUCUACCAACAAGGCUAAUUGACGUUGGCUCACAAAUUGAGGAAAGAAUGCCUAGAUUGCAUAUUACGAGCCAGGAUACUCGGGACAUAGAGUACGCUGCUCUAAGCUAUGCAUGGGGUGAUGCCCAGGCAAACUUCACUAAGACAACAGCAUCUAACCUGGAUGAUAUGAGGAGACAACUGCCAUGGAACAAACUCUCGAAGACGGUUCAAGAUGCUAUCAUCAUCACCCGCGGUCUGGGGCUUAAAUAUUUAUGGGUGGAUGCUUUAUGCAUAUUACAGAAAGAGAAGCUUAAUGAUACUCGACAUAUGGAGGAUUGGUCCUUUGAAGCUUCCAGAUUUGCCAGUUAUUACCAAAACGCUGUUCUGACAAUUGCAGCAACGGGGUCCGAAUCAUCUAGCAGAGGACUAUUUCUGGAGAGGCCUACGCUCGAGUUUAACCCAGAACCCGUGGUUGUUUUACAAAAGUCAUAUUGGACAGGAUUUAGAGAAUCUACGGUCCAACCCCUUUAUCCCCAACCAAGAUCAGAAAUUGUCAACUCAGCAUUACUUACUAGGGCAUGGACUACUCAAGAAAGACUUUUAUCGGAGAGAAUACUACACUUUGGUGCGAACUGCAUAUUUUGGGAAUGUUCUGGAGGUUAUGUAAGUGAACUUCACCCUAACCGCUGGGACCCACCACACGAAACGUUCGAGUUCUUCAAUUUCAAGAAUAUUCAUACUUUUAAUACCGAAGAACUCACGGAGUUGUGGUACGAUUUCGUCAGUAACUAUUCAUUGAAGGAUCUUUCGGUCGGAUCAGAUAGACUCCCUGCAUUGUCAGGAGUUGCCACACUGGUAUCUACUAGAUGUCAACAGAAGUAUAUUGCAGGCAUCUGGGAGUCGAGUGUUGCAGAAGGACUCACCUGGAUAGCGAUCAGCACCUCCGGCAUCGAUACUGAUGAUCCUAUCAAGUCAGAGCGAGUUCUACCCUCUUGGUCUUGGGCAUCUAACAACGGCCUUAUAUGGUUUCUUUUCCGUCGAGACCCUUGGCAAUCAAUGAUACAAGUCAUAAACUUCUGUUCGAGGUCAAAGGGGUCAGACACUUCUGGUCAGGUUCUGGAAGCACGUUUAACUCUAAAGGGUUUGGUCAGGAUGGUAGACUUGUCCCAGUUGAAGCUGGAGUACCCUCGUAAUAAGCACGCCAAGGAGGAAUCCACUGAAAGCAAUCACCGAGACACCCUCAAGCAUAAACAUAUGGCCAACAUGGAUGGCAUAAAGCCUGCCGAGCCGCUUAGCACUCACCCUCGACUUUGUCUUUUGGUUGGGACAAUACAUGAACCGGAAUAUAAUCCAUGGCGGAAAGUCAAAAUGGGGGUUGCAUGUGUGUUGGAACAUUCUGGACGUCGUUAUGGUGAGUUUGAGGGAUAUAAACGCAUUGGGCUUGUGAGUCUUCCGUUUGAUGAAUACUGGUCUGAGGUAAAGGACGUUAGGACAAUUGAGUUGGUUUAG